AUGUAAAGUUUGUUGACAACAUCCCUGACCUCCUGUGGAAACGAGUGCCUUUUUCAUUCCCUCCCUGUGAGGUGCUAUGAGGAGACGACAUGAAGACCAAAUCUCUUCCGUCAAGACUGUUUAACAGAAACUCAGGAGAAGCAUCAGGUGAGACUCCGAGUCCUGCAGCAGCAUGCAAGUAUCAGCGACAUGUGGACUGUGAGGAGAGCUGUGCCGACGGUGACGGCCGCCCAGAGGCGGGCAACAGCAGGCAGAAUGAGAAGUGCCACAGAGAAAUACACUUUGCCUUUCUGCCAGAGAGAUAUGAGCCACUGGUGGAGGAUGAGGCAAAACAAGAGAGGAAGAAGAGAAAGAAAGAAAAGUACAAAAAAGUAAAGAAGAAUGUUGGCAAAGCACUGCGCUCCAGUUGGAAGUGUCUGAUGCUUGGUCUCUACAAUUUUGCUCUUGGAUAUUCCACUCCAAUGGCCAUGGCUGCGACUUUCGUCCCUGAUUUUCACCGAGGAAGAAACGGGACCUGAGCUGAAGCGAUCGAUCAAUCACUCAAUCUCCUCCGGUUUCUGACUAAACUGUGUUGCAUGUACCAGCAUCACAUGGACACUGACCAAAGAAUUUUGAUCAUGAUUAUACAUUUGAAAUUACAUCUUUUUUUAUAUAUAUUUCAUAAGUUAUAAUCAAUUAAUAAUAAUUAGUGAAUUCAUUUUGAUAUCAAGUUAUUUCUCAGUAAAAUAGACAUUUUUAACAGCAGACAAACUCCUUUAUUUGUUUUUAUAUAAUGAUUAAUAAUUUACUAAAAGACUUGAGUGCCUUUUUACAUUUGGAAAAUGUUUCUUUUCAGGCAGCUAGCUGGUUUUUGCAUGUCUGCAGAUAGAUAAUAAAAAAAGCACUUUACUGUACUUGCAGAUGAAGUUAAUCAGGAUGGUAUUUAUUUAAAUGAUUUACAGGCAAAGCAUUGACAGGGAAAGAAGGCUGGUAGGAUGUGAACAGAGUUGGUGUGGAGCAGCUGGAGCAGUAUGAAAAAUUAGAAAUGUGUGUCAUGUUCAAUGGAGGCUGUCACUGAGCUGUGAAGUUAAUUCUAACUGUAGGCUACUGUAUAUCAGUGUUUUUGUAUGUAUAUAUUACAUUUGUGUUCAUGUAUCUGAAUGUGAGGAAUAGUAAAUCAAAAAAAACAUUUAAAUGUGUCAUAAAGUUAUACAACAAAUACAAAAGGUUAAAUCCUUAAUUAUUAAUUAGUUUCUGACUAUAUAUAAUAGUGAAGUUAAAUGAAACUAAUGCAAUAUCUGCCACUUCCAUUUACAGAAGCGCCCCUGAAGCAAAUAUUUGUAUUUCAUGUAUGAUAACAAUGUCAAAUGUUAUUUCAUUAAAAUAUAUCUGUAUAUUAAAAAACGUCGAUAAUAUUAUACUCAAGUGAAAAACUGCUUUAAACCAUGAAACUGAAAACAUGACGUAUUACUUUUAACCCCACAUACAUCCACUCUGCUGUACAAUGUACUGUAUCAUAUCCUGCAUAUUUCCCUUACUGGCUCCCACUGUAAAUACUUUAAAUACUUUUUUUUUUUUACAUAUCCUUCUAAUUUUUGUCGACGGUGUUGGUGCACUGAUUUGCUGUUUCUUCUUCUACUCUUUAUCUCUCCACUUGCACUACUAGAGCUGUCCUUUAAUCUCGGUGUACACUGUAUAAUGACAAUAAAGGUGAUUCUGAUUUAAAACGA